UUCGCGUAUAAUAAGUGGAGCAAAGCGGUUUCGUUGAUUCUCUCGAACGGCGUUUUCUCCGUGAUUCAUUUCUCUCCCAUCAAGAGAUAGAGAGAGAGAGAGAGAGCGAGGGGCGCUCUAGAGAGAGAAACUAGAGAGAGAAGCCAGAGGAAGAGGAAGCUGGUUCUUGGUCUGGUGCUGGCGAGCUCCACGGAGGAGGAGGCGGCGGCUGCGGCGGAGGUGGCGGCGGUGGCGGUGGCGGUGGCGCGGGUCGUGACGGCUGUCGUGGUUGCGGGGAGGAAGGACGGCGGUGCCGGGGGUUUCUCUGGCGUUGUUGCGUUUCCCGUUUGUUCUCUCUCCGGCGAAGGAGGCGAAUCGCAUUCACAGUUCGCGAGCUGCUGUGAGCUUUGGCUUGGCUAUUGUUGCGGUUGCAUAAGGAGGCGGUUCCUCUCUCUCCCGUACGGACGGGAACUAGCUAGCUAGCUCGUGGCCUUUCUUCGGUGAUUUCGGGCCGCCGGCGGUGGUAGGAGCUUCGGAGCCGUUGACUCGGGGCGUGGGGCGGAGAUGAUGAUGAAUCGAGCUGAAGGUCGCGGAGGCGGAGGAGGAGAUGACCUCUACACGGAGCUGUGGAAGGCCUGUGCGGGACCGCUGGUCGACGUUCCUCGCCAUGGGGACAGGGUCUACUAUUUCCCGCAAGGGCACAUGGAACAGCUGGAGGCAUCGACAAAUCAGGAACUGAAUCAGAGGAUUCCGCUCUUCAACCUCACUCCCAAAAUUCUUUGCCAGGUCGUGAACGUCCAGCUCCUGGCGGAGCAAGAAACGGAUGAGGUUUAUGCACAGAUUACUCUAAUUCCAGCAGGAAAUCUAAUGGAGCCUACAAGUCCCGAUCCAGUCUCUGCGGAAACUCCAAGAACAAGAGUUCAUACUUUCUGCAAGGUUCUAACUGCCUCUGAUACCAGCACACAUGGUGGCUUUUCUGUUCUCAGGAAACAUGCGACCGAAUGUCUUCCCCCCUUGGACAUGAAACAGGCAACCCCGACCCAGGAGUUAGUUGCCAAGGAUCUUCAUGGAUAUGAAUGGAAAUUUAAGCAUAUAUUCAGAGGUCAACCACGAAGGCAUUUGCUUACGACAGGAUGGAGUACGUUUGUCACAUCGAAGAGAUUGGUUGCUGGUGACUCGUUCGUGUUCUUAAGGGGGGACAAUGGCGAAUUGCGUGUUGGAGUGAAACGAGUUGCUCGUCAGCAGAGCAGUAUGCCUUCCUCAGUGAUUUCGAGUCAGAGCAUGCACCUUGGAGUUCUUGCAACUGCCUCCCAUGCUGUCACAACUCAAACUCUGUUUGUAGUUUAUUACAAGCCAAGGACUAGUCAAUUCAUCAUAAGCUUGAACAAAUAUUUGGAGGCUCUUAACAAUAAAUUCACAGUUGGAAUGAGAUUCAAGAUGAGAUUUGAGGGUGAGGAUUCUCCAGAGAGAAGGUUUUCUGGUACAAUUGUUGGGGUGGAAGAUUUCUCACCUCAAUGGGAUAAUUCAAGUUGGCGAUCAUUGAAGGUUCACUGGGACGAACAUGCGUCCAUCCCUAGACCUGACAGGGUAUCACCCUGGGAAAUUGAACCCUUUGUGGCUUCUGUGCCUGCAAACAUCCCUCAAUCAACAAUGAAGAACAAGAGGCCCCGUCCAUCCUCUGAAGUCCCUGCAGAUGCUACUGCUGCACCUGCUAUCUGGAAUUCUGGAUAUACACAGACCCAUGAUCUGAAACAACUGAGAGUUACUGAUGAGGGAAAAAGUAGUGAUCAUUUUAUGUGGAAUUACAAGAUGGCCGAUGUUAACAGCAGCAGCAGUUCUAUAACAAGGGUGCAAACAGAAGGGGGGUGGCUGCCUUCUCCAUGCUUAAGUGUUUCUCCGAAUAUUCUACCUGAUGCAGUGGAUGACAGCAAGAGCGUCUCUGCUUUGCCUGUGCCCUGCAGGCACCCAAUAGCGCAUCCAUCAAGCUUGAAUAAUGAACUGAUGCCCAACCCAGCUGAGGACGAAAAAGUCGAGCCAACUUCUAGUUGCCGACUGUUUGGUAUUGAUCUGAUUAACCACACUUUAAGUUCACCUCCUUCGGACAAGGGACCUUUUCAAUCUAUGUGCGUAUCAACUGCUACAACUGAAGGACAUGUUCAAAUGGCCUUGUCAACAGCUGAUUCUGAUCAGAAAUGUGAUAUUCAGAAGGCUUCUGAGGAAGUAAAACAAAGACAGAUGCAGAAUCUAGGGAAAGAGGGUCAAACUAAGCAAAUUUGCUCUACUAGAAGUCGUACAAAGGUUCAAAUGCAAGGAAUGGCUGUAGGUCGUGCUGUGGACUUGACCAUGUUGGAAGGGUACAGUCAAUUGAUGAACGAGCUAGAAGAGAUGUUUGACCUCAAAGGACAGCUUCAGUCUCGAGAUAAGUGGGAGAUUGUCUUUACUGAUGAUGAAGGCGAUAUGAUGCUCAUGGGCGACGAUCCCUGGCAGGAGUUUUGUAACAUGGUGAGAAGGAUUUUCAUAUGCUCGAGCCAGGAUGUGAAGAAGAUGAGCGCCAAAAGCAAGCUCCCUGUAUCCUCAGUACAAGAGGAAGGCACUGUAAUAAGCUCGGAAUCAGCAGACAACUGAAUCAACGAGGGGCUUUCCCUUGUCACUUUCUUUUCUAGUUGUCAUUCCGUUUUGUUGUUCGAUUCGUUCAUACUAAAGGGAGCUGGUUUGACAUUUAUUUAGAGGGAUGUUGUUAGUUUGGACAGUAAUGUAACCGGACAUCCGUAGCUCGAUUUUAGGAGCUGCUAACUUCCCAAAUGAACCUCAUUAAGUGAGUUCGAGGGCUGGAGGGAGUUUAAUGCCAUAAGAGUGGAGCGCUAGAGUCUGUGAAUACUUUCAAUUUCUCGACCAGGUUGAGCUUCUGUCGUGGGGUCUCGUCUCUUUGUACUUGUAAAUAUUGCUUGUGACAGUACAAUGAUCGUUGUUAGUGACUUAAAAGUUGUUACGAGUAGUUUCGUG